AGCGGGAGCAGCUUCCACGUGUUUGACCAGGGCCAGUUCGCCAAGGAGGUGCUGCCCAAGUACUUCAAACACAACAACAUGGCCAGCUUCGUGCGGCAGCUCAACAUGUACGGCUUCCGCAAGGUCGUCCACAUCGAGCAGGGGGGGCUGGUGAAGCCGGAGAAGGACGACACGGAAUUCCAGCAUCCCUAUUUCAUCCGGGGCCAGGAGCUCCUCCUGGAGAACAUCAAGAGGAAAGUCACCAGCGUGUCCAACGUCAAGAGCGAGGACGUCAAGGUGCGGCAGGACAACGUCACCAAGCUGCUGACGGACAUCCAGGUGAUGAAGGGCAAGCAGGAGAGCAUGGACUCCAAGCUGGUGGCCAUGAAGCACAGGAGCCUGGGAACCACUAGAUGGAGUGCAGGGAGCAGCUCUGGGAUGUGCUCCCGGCGUUGGGAGCUCCCCCUUCCUUCCAGGAAUUACCCAGUUAAUCAGGAAAAAAAAAAACAAAACCAACCCAAAAGAGGCCAAAAGAGGUGGGUGUGCAAUUCCUGAAAUGUGAAAUGCUGGAAUUGGGGAUUGUUGGAAGCCCAUCAGGGAAAUGGGAAGGUAAAGAGGGGAGAGGAUCCCAAUUAAACAAGUGAUUAAAUGAUUAAAUUACUGCUGGUUCCAGUCCUGGAUCCUGGGUU